GGAAAUGGUAGCAUAACUUGAAGCCAAAGAUUGACAUUGAGGAAACGAAAAGAUGGCGAAUCCGGAGAUGGCUUUGUUGACUGAAAAACGUUUAAAAGAGAUGGAGGCGGAAAUGAACCGCUUUGAACAGGAGAUCUUGGUUCCCAAAGAGUAUGAGAUGGGAGGACAUCGGAUGAUUAUUGGUGCUGGAACUUUUAAUAAGGUCAAAGCUCAGAUUAGAGGGGGACCUGAUGAGCCACCACACAAAAUGGCCCGCCAUGAAGGCCCAGGUCCGGGGCCUCAUCCAGGGCCAAAGCCACCACAACCAGAGAGUUCCCAAUACUCCGAUCCCAAUAUACCUUUAUCAGUGCUAGCAGCACCCCCACCACCUCCUCCAUCUUUAAUUUCAUCAUCAGGACCCCCUUCCUCAUCAUCGGGAGUGCCAAAUUUAGCCCCACCCCCACCACCCCCUCCGGCACUGCAUCAAAAUCUCCCAUUUGUUCCUCAUCAGAUAAGACAGAGGAUGCCACCACCCCCACCCCCUCAUGCUGGACCCCCAGGACAAGGCCCCCCUAGACCCCCGCCUCAUUUCAUGGGAGGACAAGGUGGGCCCGGCCCUUACUCAGGAGGAUUUCAGGGGCCACCUCAUCCACAGCCCAUGCCUAACCGCGGACCCCCGAUGAGGCCACCAUAUGGGGGACCCGGUCCACAGGGUCCCAUGCCAAUGGGACCCAAUCCUCCCUUUCCUGGGGGUCCACCUGUGGAGCAGAAAAAAGAUCCAGUUAUAGAGAAGCCCAGAGUUGUUUACUCCUCAGCCCCUGUCAUCAAUAAGCCAGAGAAAAAGAAGAAAAAGAAGAAAGAAAGCUCUGAGGAAGGGGGUUCUCAGGGAGAAGCAGGAACCCAGAGUAAAACAGGACCCCCAGGGGGUAGUGCUCCAGUGGUGACCCCCAUCCCACAACCUGAGGUUGUCACACAUGUCCCAGAACCUGAACCUGUAGUGGAGGUUGUCCAUAAAAAGGAAAAAAAAGAGAAGAAACCGAAGAAGAUAAUCCGGACGGCAGCCGGGGAGACAUGGGAAGAUCAGUCCCUAGAAGAUUGGGAGAAAGAUGACUUUAGGAUAUUUUGUGGGGAUUUGGGAAAUGAAGUGACAGAUGAGGUUUUAGCUCGUGCGUUCAGUAGAUACCCCUCAUUUUUAAAGUCUAAAGUUGUACGAGACAAGAGAACAAACAAAACAAAGGGUUACGGCUUCGUCAGCUUUAAAGAUCCUAAUGAUUUUGUACAGGCCAUGAGAGAAAUGAAUGGAAAAUACGUGGGUAACCGUCCAAUCAAAUUAAGGAAGAGUUCAUGGAAAGACAGAAAUAUUGAAAUUGUACGGAAGAAGGAGAAAGAAAAGAAACGCCUGGGUCUGCGGUAACAGUGGGUAGGCUGGAGGAAUUAACGACGAAAGGCCGUGUCAAGCAAAUUAGCUGUUUUGUUGCUUGUUUUAUGACAUAAUUAAGGACGUUAAAGCAAUUAAAGAACAUGUUUCUAGUGUUUUGAUGGAAAUGGAAACUGUAAAUGAAACAAACUUUAUAAAUAUUUUGAUUUGUUUUGUGUAUAUAUUACUAUACGGGACAAUAAGUCGAUCACUGAAAAAAUUAUAAAUUGUGAAAAUGACCGUUGAACGAUUUUACGUGUUUGGUUGUUUUCUCUUUUUUAUUUCAUGAUUUUAUGAAUGAAAAAGAUUAAAGAUUAUGUUUAUUGAUUUGCUAGAAGCUCCAAGAGAGUGUUUUUUAUAAUGAAUUCUAUAAGCCUAGGGCUCUGUAGUUGUCAGUUGAUGAAUUGUAAUACAGAAAUAAAUAGUGACUACUCGUAAAAGGUAUUAUACACUGUACAAAGCAUUGAUGAAAUGUCAGCGUUUCAACUGAAACAUUUUAGUAAGGUAUUUUUGUAUUAAGACCCAAUUUAAUUUGUUCAUUUUUUUUUUAUAUUUCUCUUCCUGCCUUUUACCGUUUUUUUCUCGCCAAUUUUUGGGUUGGAACCAUUACAGUAUUAUGUGCAUGUCCAUCCAUCGCACAUCAAAAACAGGUCCAUGUAACUUUAAUUACGAUGAUAUGGAAAAACGGUAAGAUGUAGAAUCAUCAAAUUUGCUCAUUCAAUGCAUCUUACCAAAUUAUAAGGUAGUGGGUGUGUUGCAUCCCGCAUCAAGGUCAUUAUGACUUUCAAUUAAUGUCAAGUUUUGAAAAAUUUCAGCUUAGUUUUAAAGGAAAAUUAUCCUUAAAAAUGUAAAAAAAAAACAAAAAAAAAGUAUAAGACGAUAUACAUCUUAUAUUAUUAGAAUGAGUAUAUUGAUGAGAUUUAUCCAUAUCUUUUGGGAAUUGCCCUGAGAAAUUGACUAGUCUCUUGAUUGCAACUAAUAGCAUCUGUCAAAAUAAGUUAUAGAUACUAAUAGUUUUUUCAUAGCCAGACUUUCAUCUUCAAAACUUAAGAGUUAUAUUAGUUUGGUUUACAAUUAUUUUUUUUUUCUAAUUUCAUUUUUAUUUAUAUCUCAUCUACCAAAUUGAAGUGUACCGUGUCUCAAACAAUGAAAGACCGUUGCAAUAAAGUUCAACAUUUUCGUUAGAAGAAAAAAAAAUAAUGAUAAGCAUUUUGAUAUCAACGUUUUAUAAGGCUUUGACAUUGUUCAUUAUUCAUGAAAAAUACAAUGAACAAAGCUACA